UUUAUGGCUGCUCGUCGAACGGAUAGGCUACAUCUUAUGACCGGUUGUUCAUAAUGUCCGAAGCCGAGGAUGCUUCGGGCAAAGCAGUUAACUUAACAGCAGUCGAAGCAAUUUCGGCUAAGUUGGCAGAAGUAACACGGUUAGCUGAAAAAUUGGAUGCAAAAUUGUGCGAAGCUGGAGCAAGGACUCAACCUGUACCGAUACCAACCUCGGCAUUACCGAUUUCAUCAACUUUAACAUCAACAACUACGACAUUAGCACGUACCACGUCUCCAAUUGUUUUAACUAAAUCCAGUACAACCACUACGACAACUUCAUCGAUCAUUACUGAACCCAUCGGUGAAAUAAUUCCUACAUUUGUUUCUACGAAUGAUUUUACUUCAACUUUGAUCGGUGCAAACCCUGCCGCCGAUGUGUCCAAUUUAACUGUUUCUAAUUUUGGAUUAUUAUCAUCGUCGUCGUCGUCGUCUGGAGCUAUAGUCUCGCAUGUUGAAGAUACUAAAACUUCAUCGGCAGUUUCGUCCAUUCCUUCUGGUAGUUUUCCAUCGACUAUGGCUUCAAACAUCUCGUCAAUGAUCACCGAUGAUACUAUUGAAAAAAAACAAGAUAUCGAGGAUGUUGAAAAAUUUAACGAAGAGAACACGACCGAAGAUGUCAAUGUUGACGGUUACGUGACAGCUACGGAAUGUUCGGUCACGCCUACGACAAGAUCUAGAAGUGAAUCUUUCGUGACAACUCCGGAAUGCGAAGAUCCUAUAGUUUCAUCAGUAAUACCUAUAACAACCUCUUCUACCACACCUUGGUGGAAACCGGAAGAAUCUAUGAAAGAACAAGAAAUAAUAAUACCAGUGGAAAUAGAAAAAUCUGAUUUAUCUUUGCAAAGUUCGAAAAUUGAAGAAGAAAAAACAGGAUUGGUACCUAUAGGAAAAAUCGUUACCAUCGAAAAGAGUACGGAGGAAAAAUCUGGAAAGAUCGUAAAAGAGGUCACGGAAACGACUACUUUACGUGUCUCGCACGACACUCAUUUAGGGGUGGCAUCUUAUAAAGUUACCUCAAACACCUUGGAAGAUCAUAGACAAAAUGUUGAUAUUAAAAAGAUGCAAGAUUCGAAUCAUACUUUAAUCGAAGAUGAGAAUACAAAAUUAAAUGGUAUCGAUCGAGAUGAUAUCGAUGUCACUUCUGUCAAAGAUUUAUCCGAGCAACCUAAAGAGGAAUCGAAGAAAAUUCCGUUUAAUACAACAACGAAGAAGGAAACAACAACAAUCGACGAAGAAAAAUCGCAAAUUAUUAGCAAGGAAACGAAAAAUAUUUGUUCGAUUAUUAAAACAUAUACGAGACAUCACGAGGAUAGUGGUAUCGAGAUGUCACCAACGAAACGAGAUAAAGAUGAUCUCGAGGGUGAAGAGUUUUUGGAAAAUGCAAGGAAGGCGAUAACAGGGAAAAUGGUGGACGGACACGAUUCGAGGGAAACUAUGGACAAAAGUCCGGAAGGAUCUGUUGAAGAUUCGUUAAUGAUUCCUGAGGAUAAAGAACAUUCGCAGGAACAGAAUUCUACUACUACCGGGAGUACACCUACUACUACCAUAAGUACUAUAGCUGUGCAAAGUGGAGAAACGCGUUUGGUUAUCGCGUUGCUACAGAGUGGAGAAUGGUUACGAUUGAAAGUAUUGGAGGUGCAACCGGAAUUAACGAAACUCGGUUCUACGGUGAAAGAAGCCACAGAAUUGUCAAACUCUCACAAUGAAGUUCUUUUGCGAUUGCAGAGUAAACAAAGUCCGGUUGAAGAAUUAUUACGUCAAGCGGAUCAAUUGAUAUCAACUCAAAGACCAAGGGCUGAAAUUUAUGCAGCUAUGGCCGAAACUUUGGGUCAAGCGUGGCGUGAUGUUAAUGAUUUGUUGGAAAGAAGAAAACAAAUUCUCGAUUCGAACGUAUUGUUUCAAUGUCGUGCAGAUGAAUGCGGAGAGAGUAUGAAAGCUCUCGAGAUGGCAUGCAACGAUCAUUUGUUACCAAUCGAAAUUGAAGCAGUGAAGAAUUUUCUUUCGAAGAUACACGAUCUUAGAAAGACCAUGCUCGAAGCAUUGAUGGGUGCAUUGCAAGAAGGAAAAACUUUGUUGGAUAAAUUAAAGGAAAUUGCUAACGAAGGUACUUUGGAUUCCAGACCGGAUAAAAUCAAAAUUGACGCUGAUCACGCCGUGUUGAAGGUAGAAAGAUGGUUGGAAGAUCUUCACGAUAAAAGACGUUUGAUAGAAGCUUCCUUUCGUAGUAGAAAAACACAAUUGGAACAAUGUCUUGCGCUUGCAUUAUUGGCUACAGAUUUACGAGAUUUGGAAGAGAUUCUUAACGAUAGAAUUUCAGCAUUGUCCAGCAGUUGCGAUCAAUUAGGUGACACGUCUUCCAGUGCAGAAUUACUUCUUUUCGAAUUGAAAAAAUUGCAGACCGAAGCUAAGGAGUUUCAAGAUCGAUCAAUCAAGAUUACGAAAUCAACAGAACGAUUGGUGUCAUCGGGACACUUUGCUGGUGAGCAAGCUACCGAACAAGCAUACGCUAUACUCGGUGCUGCGGCCGAUUAUGUCAACGAUUUGGAUCAGUAUGAGACAUUGUUGAACAGAGCAGUGGCAUUUUUCGAGGCCGCAAGAUCGGCUAUUACGAAAUUGGAUCAAUUGGAGAUUCAACUGGUGACGACAGAACAUCCACCGUUUUCAACACGCUUAGCACGUUUCCAUGGUCAAAUGGUUAACACGAUCGAGGAUGUUACUUCUAAACCUUUGAUGGAAGGAUAUGCAUUGCUAGAUAUUACGGGAAGAGGUGCGCCCGGAGCUGAGGGUGUCAGACGUACAGUUGAAGAACUCGAGAAUCGUAAGAUACGUUUGUUACAACGAUGCACAGCUAACGAGGAAGAAAAUCUUGAGAUAUCGAGAAUGAUUAAUAUUUUUAUGGAAAAACACGAUGAAUUGCACGUUUGGUUGAACAACAUUGCCGAUGCUUUUCUUAAAGGUCAUCAGGAUAUGGGCAGCGAUCUACCAAUGGCCAAUGAUUUUUAUAAACUUCACAGUCAACUUUUGGAUGAUUUAGAAAAACGUAACAACGAAGUGGAACAUUUGGAAUUUGAGAUAUUACCGAUACGCGAAAGAUUGGACGAUUCGCAAAAACGUGAAUUUCAAACGAAAAUUGUCGAGUUGCAAAAUUCGUGGAGUAAAACGAAAAAUAUCGUUGCACGUAGGAUAGAUUUUGGUUAUCUUUACGUACAGUUUCAUGAAAUAAUUGACGAAUUGAGAAAUAAAAUAGAAACGUUUGAGAAUAAUUUGGAAAAUUGUAAUGACCUUUUGAACGAAUCUAAAAUCGAGGAUUUGAUUAACAAAUGGAAAACACUUCAACCGAUUUAUUUAAGAUUGUCCAACAGUGGCAAAGUUUUUCUAGACGAAGCUGCCAAGAUAAAUGAUCCGUAUUUGGAUGUAACGAGAGCAUGCUUGUGCGUGCAAACAUUGUUGGAAAUCUUUGCAAACAGGCAAUUAACAAUCACGGAAUCUUGGGAAAAAUGGCAAACGACUAUCAAAACGUUGAAGGAACGACGAAUCGAACAUGAACGUAAAAUCGAAGAAAGUACUAGGACGUUAGAAUGGGUUUCGAAAUUUGGCGAACAAUUGUAUCCAGUAAUAACGUGUCAAUCGAUACGAGUUGAUUCAAUACUCCGUGAUUUGGAAGGAUCCAAAAGACGUAUAUUACCUGAAUUAAACAAAGCAGUUGACGAAUUAGAUUCAAGAAUUAAAAGUAUUGAUAAUUUGGUAGAAAAAGGUGAGAUGCACGUAGAUCGACAAAUUGCAGAAAGAUUAUCACAGAUGUACGAAAAAUUACAUUCCACGGCUGAUAAUUACAAAGAUUUGUUGACAUCAUUAAUUUUAAUAUUCGAAAAUCUUCACGAACUCGAACACAAAAUAGAAGAUGCUAAAAAUAAAGUCGAUCAUGUUACGUCUUAUACGAAAUCGUACGACGUGGAUUCGGUUUCGAAUGAUUUUGAAACGAUCAAACGAACAAUUGCGGAUUCUUUGAAACGUAUUCAAACGGAAAUUGAAGUAAUCAUCGGUAAGAUUAAAUUAUUCGAACCAACGGAAGCUGCUUUACAGGAUAUCGAUAAAUUGAGAUUAGCAUUGGACAACGUUGUUUCACCUUUUCAAUCAUUUACCGUUCAUACGUUAACCCGCAUCGAGGAACAUCGUAGAAUUUGCAUAUUCGGCGAAGAUCUUUCGCGAAUCGAUUCGGAUUUGCGCGAUUUGAACGAUCAAUUGCAAACCGUUGAUGCGAAAUUUAACGAAAAUUUGCAAGCUGCCAAAACGGCGGCCAGUGCUUUCAAUCAAUUCGAGGCAACUAUGACGAUGUUGGAACAAAGAAUAGACGUAUUUGUUAGAACAACGGAAGAAACAAUAGUAAUUUCUACUCCGCACGUUAGAAACGAUUUGACAUCGUUGAAGGAAAGAUUCAGGGAUUUGAAAUUGCGCAUGGAUAAUAUUAAAAAACGUAUGGCAUUGUGUAUACAAUAUUUCGAAUUAUUGGAAGAAGCCAAAGAAUGGUAUAGAGAGGGUGGUAAACUUUUGAUAGUAAUUGCAAGGAAAGCUACCAGCGUGAAAGUUCCGAAAGAUGCUAUGAAUUUGCUCGAGGAAAUCGAUAAUUAUUUGAAACCUGGUGAACAAAAUCAAGAUAAUAGAAUUGAAAAAUUGAAAGAAUUGUCAACGAUUACCUUUGGUAUCGACAGAUUACCUCAAUUCAACGAAGUAAUCGUUGAAAAUCGUCAAAUGUUGGAUUCGUUCGCGGUUAUUUCGUCGGAAUUGCGUACGUUGAUUCAAAAUUUACAAAAUGCCGAAGAUUUGAGGGAAAAAUUGAGAAUGGAAAAAUUAGAGGCCGAUGAAAAAUUAAACGCGGUUAAAAUCGAAAUGGCAGCUGCCGAGGCGGCCAGAAUGGAAGCUGAAAAUGCGAGAAAAAUUGCGGAAAAACUUGCUGCCGAAACUUUGGAACGUGCUGAAAUAGAAGCCAAUAGAUUGAAAGAAGAACAACUUGCUAAGAUCGAAGCACAAAAAGUUUCAUCGAUACCGAAACCAUCAUCAUCACCGCCAACGUUAUUUUCUGUAUCAGCACAAACGGAUAAAUUUGAUGAUACGGAUGAAAAAUAUAUUCACGAAACUCAUACGUCGUCGGCUGUUACGAAAAAGGAAAUUCAUAUUUUGCAAAAGAUGGAAAUAGAAAAGAUCGUACCGAUCGUACAAAAAGAACCAAGCCCACCGAAGCAAACGAUAAUCGAAGAAUCCCAUAAAACAAUGGUGCACGAAAUUGAACAAAAGGUAUCCCCGGAGUUUACUAUUCCUUUGAACGAUGCAACCGUUCAGGAAGGUGAAAGAUUUACUUUCGAAUGUCGUUUAAUUGGAUAUCCAAUACCAGAAGUUGUUUGGUAUAAGGAUAGUAUAUCGAUUUUAAAUAAUCCCGAUUAUCUUACAACUUUCCAUCAAGGAAUUUGUACUCUUACGAUAGAAGAAACAUUUGCCGAAGAUUCUGCAAGAUUCACUUGCAAGGCAUUUAAUAAUCUUGGAUCUGCUGAAACAUCUGCAACGUUAACGGUAAAAGAAACUGCACCCGAGGAACAACCAAAUCCUCCUGUUUUCGUCAAAGAAUUAAAACAAUCUACUGCAAUUGAAGGUACUUCCCAUAGAUUGGAAUGUACGGUUGAAGGAAAUCCAUUACCGACAGUUCAGUGGUAUAAAAACGAAACCAAUAUCGAUAAUUCUCCCGAUUAUAUUAUAACAUAUAACAAUGGGGAAGCUUGUUUGAGUUUUGAAGAAGUAUUCUUAGACGAUAAAGGAAUUUAUACUUGCAAAGCUACCAAUAGGCUUGGACAAGUGUCUACUUCUGCUGUACUUAAUGUAAAAUCCAUAGAAACGUCUACGGAAAAACCAUAUUUCUUGACACCAUUAUCCAACGCUAUGGCAAGAGCAGGACAAAGAGUCAAAUUGGAAUGCGAAGCUACCGGUAAUCCAAUGCCAGAAUUAUUUUGGACCCAUGAUGGAAAACCAAUCGAUGAGACCACUCACACCAAAAUUCAAACUGAGAGUGGUCGAACAAGUUUGAUCAUUUCUGAAGCAUUUCCAAAAGAUGCCGGUUGUUAUACAGUAACAGCUAAAAAUGAUGUUGGUGAUGCCAGUGUAUCUUGCAAUGUAUCGGUUAAAGGAUUACUUCGUCGUGAAACAAGUGAUUCCGAAUUUGCUUGUAGCGACAUGGAACCAACAGAACCUAAAAUUCAAUUACGUUUAAAGGAUCACGAAAUUUUCGAAGGACAUGCUGUAAGAUUGGAUUGUGUUAUAGUUGGUCAACCUGAACCUGAGGUGAUCUGGUAUCACAACGAUAAACCCGUAAAAGAAUCGGCAGAUUUUCAAUUAUUAUUUCAAGGUGACAAAUGUUCUUUGAUUAUUCACGAAGCUUACGUGGACGAUGCCGGUAUUUACAAAGUAGUUGCAAUUAAUUCUGGUGGUGAAACUUCUAGUCAAUGUACAUUAAAAGUAUUACGAAUUUCUCGUAAUUCGGAAGAGGUGGUAGAUUCGAAGGAUAAAAAAGAAGUAUCCGUUUCUUCAACGGUACCAAGUUCACCACCGAAAUUCGUUAAAUUGCCAACCGAUUCUUUGGUAGCCGAAGGAGAGGAUGCAAGUUUUGAAUGUGCAGUAAUUGGUGAACCAAAACCAGAAGUCAAAUGGUAUUUUGAUAAUAAUGAAAUCAUAACGGAUAAUAGAAUAUUGAUUAAAGAAAAAGAAGAUGGUACGAUUACGUUGAAAAUUUUAUCAACGAUACCAGAAGACAAAGGUAAUUACGUAGUCAAGGCCACGAAUAUUAGCGGGGAGGCUAAAGCUUUUGCCAGAUUGGUCGUUCGAUCGUUGACCGAUUUUAGGAAGAAAGAAGAAUUCGUCAAAAUGGAAGAGAAAUUGAUAGCACCUAGUUUUAAAGAAAAAUUUAUUAACAGAAUCGUACCGGAAGGUGUGUCAACCAAAUUUGAAUGCAUUGUGAUUGGAAAACCCGUACCUAAGAUUCAGUGGUUGUUCAACGAUCGACCUGUCCAUGGAAAAGAUUUCUUAGUUUCCGUUAGUGGAGAUCGGCAGGUAUUGACCAUACCAGAAACCGGAAGUUCGCAUGCUGGAACAAUAUCCUGCGUGGCGGAAAACACCGCCGGUAAGGCCACUUGCAACGCCAAAUUAGAAAUCGGUAUAGAACCGAAGAGGGAGGAAGGUAUUGAAAGGAUAGUUGAGUUGGUUGAAAUAAAACCUGUCGAAGACAUGCACGCGUCAAGUAGCAGCGAUAAACAUUUUUCGGCUGAAAAAAUGUCGGACGAGGCUGGAUCGGGUAGUCAAAUUUUAACUAAAAUGUCACAAACCAUUACGGAAUCAAAAACUACUCAUACAUCUACGAAAAAGGAGUUUAUGUCAUCGAUGAUGUCAUCGUCAACGGGAACACCUGGACAGGAACCUACCAGUGUUACUGUCAAAAGUACUGUUCAUAGUACCGAACAAUCAACUUCUGAAAAUAAUGCACCUCCCGUUGUUCAGUCGCAGAAAAUCGAGGAAUUCGAAAAGAUUAUACAAGAUCAACCUGGUGAAAUUCGUCAAGAAAAAACCGUCGUAGUGUCGCAAGGUGAGGAAGGUAUAAAACGUGAUCCGAAAAUUGUUCAAGUUCAAAAACCAAGUAGAAAAUCAACGGCGCCUAGAUUUGUAUCACCGUUAACGGGAAUGAUAGUUGAUCAAGGUGCCGAUAUUAUUCUCGAAGGAAUCGUUGAUGGUUAUCCGCAACCGAAUAUUUCUUGGUCAAAGAACGGACAAGAAUUGCAAGCUAAAGAUGGUGCCAAGACGAGUUAUGCUCACAAUCACGUACGAUUGGAAUUGAAAAAUGUCAACGUGAAAAAUGCCGGACGUUACACUUGCACUGCCAACAAUGAAAUUGGUUCGGCGAGCAGUACUGCUGAUCUUGUCGUCAAAAAAACAAUCUUCCCACCUGUAUUUGGUAGACGUUUGCAAGCACAAGUUGUUAAACGUGGUGAUCGUGUUCUUAUGGAAGUUGAAAUUACUGGAACACCAGAACCUACAGUGAAUUGGUAUAAAGAUGAUAUUCCUAUUAAGGAACAACCACCAACAUUGAGAAUAAGACAACAAGGCAAUUGUUACAUACUGCAAAUCGAUAAAGCUGAAAAAAUACACGCCGGAAAAUAUAUGGUACGUGCGAUCAAUGCUGGCGGGGAAGCACAAAGCAUAGCAGAUUUUGCUGUUUUCGAGCCGACACCUGACACCAUGACGGAAGUACACAAAACUGUUAUCUAUGAGAAUGUUCAAGAUAAAAAAAUUAUCCAGCCUGACGUGCAAAAGGUUGAUGUACCGUCAGCAACAACAACAUUGAAGACUGACCAGAUAACAGGGAUGACAACGAUCCAGCCAAGUUCAAUAUUAAAAACUAUUCCAACUCCUAGUCCACUAACAACAACAACAACAACAUUACCACCACCACCACCAUCUUCCUUAUCCACAAUCCGUAAAACUGAAAUUAUCGAAGAUAUUCCAGAAAUGAAAACGUGCCGAUCGGAAACCAUUUCGUCAACGUUUGAAUCCCAUCAAACGGAAACUAAAUCGGAGCAAAAGUUUCACAUGAAAUUAGAACACAAAACUCCGUCGUUAAUCGAACCGAAAGCUCGUCCCGAGCCAACGACCACGGUAAAAAAGGUUGCUAAAGAAGAAUUCAUUUCAAAAUAUGUCGAACCGAUAACACCUUCUGCUACCACCGUGGAAGAACAAACGAAAAUCGAAAACGAAAAUAUAGAGACAUCGACUAUCGCGAAAAAGGAUGCUUUAAGUUUUUUCGAAUCAAUUACGAAGGAGAGUGAAAGUGUACCUAAAGGACCCAAAGAAAUGAUUAAAUUGACCGAGGAUACCGAUGGAAAGGGUCACGAGAUUAAAGUUGGAAAAUUAACUCAAAGUUACGAACGAUCAACUGCGUAUAAGGAAAUCAAAAAACCCGAACCGAAACCGAUGGAUUUUCAAACUACUAAGAAAUCCGUUCAAGAUAUUUUCACCAAAUUGGAACACGGAUCCUCGUCCCGUGGUGUUGAUAAUAAAUUAUUCGAUUUCCCGUAUUCGGAUUACAAAUCACCAUUGUUGGAUACUAAAAAAACAAUGAUGGAAGAUAUCACAGUAUCCAGUACACCUAUUGAGAGUUCAUCAACGUUUUCGAGAUUAGAAACUAAAUCGGAAAGUAGUGAAACUAUGAUGAUGAAAGGAUUUAAUUUAGUACCGGAACCGCCACCUGAAAUAGGAUACAUGCCUAAACCUGGAGAGAUUAAAAAAAAGAGCCCUGAGGUACCGAUCAAGGCCAAACAACUUCAAGAAUCAUUCGAGAAAACUUUAUCACCGAUAGAUGCACCGAUUGGCGGUGUUAAAAUAUUUCCAACGAUUCCACAAAAGAUUAUAGAGAGUCCUAAGGUUGUAAAAAAACCAUCAACGAUGCCACCACCGCCAUUUGAAUUAGAUAAAAAGGAAAUUGUUGAAGAAAUAUGUAUUAAGAAGGAUGUUCAUGAGAAAAAGGAUGGUAAAAUGUUAAAGGAAGAUAAAAUAGAGUCACCAAAAUUUGUUCCAGCAACGAGUAUCAUCAGAUCAGUUUCACCUAGCAGACCUUGGUCAUCAUCGUCAGACGUGGAAACGAGAUCUCACGUAUCCACGGAUAUUUCCGAAUACAGGUGUCACUCAGCUGCGUCCAGUCAUCAAGAAAUAUUACGUUCUAUAUCACCGAGACCCUCGGUCGAUGGUUUAGCUAUGGAAAAAUCAUGGGCAAAGAAGAAUACCGAAGCAACGCGAAAAUCUUGGCCACCAACACCACCACCACCGAGUGAUUCCACUCCAACUGGGAUUAAACAAUUUCCUACUGACGAUUACAAAACUUCGACGAAAGAAUUUAAACAGGAAACCGAACGUACGCCAGAUGGUGGUAUCAAAAAAACUAGCGUAGAAUCAUCCAGUAGUUUGGAAAAACAUUCAUGGAGUUCUAAACAGGAAUCAAUGGAAAAAAUUGCCAUGGAAAGGGCACCAUCCCCGCCGCCUAAGGUACCACCGAUCAUUUACAAAGCUGAAACGAUUAAAGUCGAUCAUGCUAUUAAUACGAUUCAAGAACAAUCAAUGCACGAAAAGUAUAUCUCGGAAUGUGACGUAAAGAAACAAUCGAGUUCGGAAAAGAUCGUUGAAGAAUAUUCUUUGAAGAGUCCAUGGUCCGUUGAUACCGAUUUAAAAGCACCCGGAUUGGUGAAAAGUGUCGAACCGCCUAAAAAAAUAUUCGUACCUAGUCAAGAAUCAUCGAGAAAAACAGAAUCUUAUUCGUAUGAUUCGGUUAUUUUGGAACCUGGCCCACCGCCGGAAAUUGGCUACGUGCCACCGCCAAUGGUAAAAGAAAAAAAAAUGGAGAAAUCUUUAGAAAUGUCAUUGGAAACCAAACCGGCUAAGAUAUUAUCACCUGGUGCUAUUAGAACUAUACCGUCAUCGGUUGCCCAAAAAAAGGAAGAAGCACCACCAGUCUUACCACCCAAAGAUGUUAGAAUCACUCCACCGCCAUUACCCGCUAAACAAUUACCAUUGGAUAAUUUAGAAUCAUUUCCGUUUAAACCAUCAGCCUCACCAACGACUGUAACGACGAAACCGAUCACGAAACUCGUUCCACCUGUAACUACGCCAACUAAAUUUGUUAAAGGAACUUUCGGUAGUGAUUACGAAUCCGACAUGGAUAUUCAUGUUAAACCAAAAUGGCGACCAUACGAAAGCGAUAGCGAAGAGCCACGUUAUCGUAGAGUACAAGCACCAGUUUCCAAACAAACUGUUAGACCAAGAUCAACCGAACCCGAACCAUUACCACCAUCCAAAUUUGACACACCCCCGGUUGAAUUUUCAGGCCCAUCCAAAUCUCUAUUAACCGAAGAAUCACAACAGAAAAUGUAUAAGAAAACAACAUUUAAACGUCACGAAAGGGAAACAAAACAACAACAACAACAACAACCGAAAUAUCAACCAAGUCAACCCCAAACUCCACCGAUUCUUUUAAAACCAGGUUCCCCGCCGAUUUACGUUCAACCAACAACCAGCAAACCUCAGCCACCUAAAUCUCCACCAACGAAGAAACCAGAAUCUCCUAAAUUCAAGAUCAAAACUUUCCAACAAGAAAGCGGUUACAUGGCGGAUACUGAUGAACCGUUGCAACAGAAAGCAUCAAAUAUUACGAUUCAAAAAAGCUUUGGGAAACACGAUGGUUCGAGUAGUUCAGCUAGCAGUUCCCAUAUGGAAUCUCGUACGUCAUAUUCCGAGAGUAAAUCCGAAUACUUUGAAAGUAAAAGUUAUCAUAGUCAUCAACAACAACAACAACAACAGAAAAAAGAAGUAUCAUCUUUCGUUCCAAUUACUACUACUACUACUACUCCAUCUCCUAGUUCUUUUCCUAGUUCUUUUCCUAGUCAAAAACCUGCACCUCAGCAGAGAACAUCGUUUGUCGAGAAAACAUAUUCUUCAUCGAGUGGAACCGAGCCUACUAAAUUAAAAACUGCGAAGGAGACAGUUUUUACCACGGAUAGUUCUUCCCAUCGUAAAAUGGAAACUACGCGCAAGGUACACGGGCCCUCUCCAAGCCCUUCCAGAUUUGUCAAGGGCGAAUUUCGCGAGAGCGAUUACGAAAGCGAUUACGAUGGUAGAAUAUCGUCAAUAUGGAAACCCCGUACUACAAUCGAGACAGAUGAUCGUUCUUUUAAACCAGUGAAACCUACUCUAACUGGUCCAGGAAAACAUAAGGAACCGAUCGUGUCGACAUCAGCUGAUAAAUUAAUCGAAGGAACGUCGUCAUCGAGUUACGAUAAAAUAACAUCAACGAUGAAUGAAUUCGAACAAGAUAAUCGGAUAGAAGAAGACAGAUCAAUUGUUACACCGACUAGGAUUAAACAAGUUUUGUUACCUGGUUCACCGCCUGAAAUUGCAUACGCUCCACCCCAAGGUCAAGAAACGUAUUACGAAGCACGUGCAGGUAUGCCUUAUCAUAACGCGAUUGGUACGGAAACGAGGAAGACCGUAAGAAUGGAUGAAUCAACGGAAAACAGUAGAAGAAUCGUCACCGUUGAACAAACAAGUCGAGUUAUCAAAUUUGGUGAUACCCAGAAAAGUACUACGAAUGAUUUAGGAUCACCAAUUGAUCAUAAAACUAAAAUUCAAAAACAAUCGAAAUCAUAUUAUCGUGUACCAACGCCGAAAAAAUUUGUACAAGGCCAGUUUCGGGAAUCCGAUUACGAGAGCGAUGUUGAUUCAAGUAGAAUCCGACCUAAAUGGGCACCAGCUGACAGCGAUUCGGAGGAUCCGAGAUACAGAAGGGUUCAACCACCUUCUGGUAAAAGUGUUAGGUCAAGUAGUCUUCCUGUUAGACAAGAACACGUUGUAUCACCAUUGGAAUUUGAUACUGGCCCACCACCACCAUCAUCUACCAUGAAAAGACAAACAUCGAUGACACAGUUACGCGAUGAGAUCCGUACGAGCAAAUUAGAAUCUAAUAAGUAUCAACAGCAGCCAUUUUCCAGGCAUGACGAAUCGAUUUUGCAACCUGGUUCACCACCGGAAUUUGGUUUCGUAUCGAGGACCGAUGUCGUCAAAAAGGCUGCCAAUCACGUGGCGUCACGUCAUAUGAGCGACAUGACGAGUACCUUCAAAUCGAAGACCGAAAAAUUCGUAAGCGACAUCCAAUCGGAUCUGAAGCAAGGUAAACCAAUCUUAAAACAUCCCGCUGAGAGUCGUGUUAGCGAUGGCGACGAGCCGCGGACAUAUAGAGAAGAAUCUCGGGUUGCUGAACACGGAAUGAAGCAAAUCGAUCCGGAUACUGGAUUAAUAUACUUCAAGUAUGACUUCGGUUAUGAAUUUGGCAUCGUAUUACCUGGCGAGGGUAAAAAAACCUUAACAAGUACCAACAAAACGAUCCAAGGUCAAAGACGAGCAAGCGAUAUCGAAGUUCCGAUAGUACACGAAUUUACAACCAAGAAAGAAAAUGGUUAUGCUAAAAAAGGUAAUGGAAUGUCAUCGUCAUCAACACGUUCGACUAAAUCGGCUAAAUUUGGUCCAUCGAAAACUGUUAAAUGGGAACCAACAUCCGAGAGUGAAUUUUCCGAAGCCGAGGAUACGAAGAAUUCUAGAAGAAGGUAUCCUGGGGUUGGUGGUGAUUCUAUUACAACAAUGCCACCACCACCAAGUUUGGUAAUACCUUGUUCACCGUCACCAUCCAGAUGGGAUCACACUACGCCCAGUCCACUUUCCCUCAGUCCAAGUUUGCCGAGUCUUUCUCCCCGAUACAGUAGUGCAACUGGACCACCCAGCAACGUGGAUUCUGCAGGUUCGCCAUGGCCAACGAGUAAUGGGGUUUCAUCGACUAAAGAAGUUAUUCAGCCUUAUCUUGAAAUAUUACCAAAGAAGGCACCACUUUUUAUCACGCCAUUGAGAGACAUCGCUGUUGUCAGUGGACAAACCGCUAGAUUCGAGUGCAUAGUUCAGGCAGAACCACAACCAAAUAUUUUAUGGUCUAAGGAUGGCAGAAUCAUUGAAAAUUCAUCAAACUAUGAAAUACAUUAUAGAAAUGGUGUAUGUCGUUUAACCAUCACUCAUGCUUAUCCUGACGAUGCUGGGACUUAUGCUUGCACUGCGACAAAUGGUUUAGGAUCAACCGUAACUUCCUCUACCUUGCAGGUCCCAGGUAACAGACGAUCAAUAUACGCACCUAUUUAAUGAUGAUGGAAAGGUGGUAGUAUAUUUAAAAACAAAACAAAAAAACACGAAGGUGGUACAG